GUCCAUUGUCUCGGCUUAGUUGCGCGCUCAUUGUCCUGAUGGUUGGACGAACUGGCCAAGAAAUCAAAAACUCAAUCAGCCGACAAGCUAAGCAGCAGAGCAUUUGAAAACCGGCGGGAAAGUUAACAAAAAUUAUUCUUUCUUAAUCAAUUGUAUUAGCACCUCUUGCAGUAAACAAACGAAUUCUAUUCCGGGAAUUAGCAAUUAAUCGAAAAAAUAUUGCCUCCACUUACAGAAGUUUUUUGGCUUUUGAAAAGAAGAAAAAAGAAAACGAAAUUAAAAACAAAACUAUGCCGCAAAAAUAUAUUGAGCUUUGUGAAAACAAGAACUCUCAGAAGUUUUGAGGAAAAAACUUUUUAUGUGUGGCAAAAGUUUUUAAAUUUACCUGGCGUUCCUUCUUUGUUUACAUCAUUACGAAUUGUGGGCAAAAAAUAUAUCUCGACGAUAAUGAACUCAAAGUGAACAGCAAUCGGGAGUUUCAAUAAGUUUGCCGAAAGAAAAACUUUCCAAAGAAGUUUAAAAAAAAUUCUUAAUUAAGAUUUGGUUAAGCGGAAACGGGGAUUCGUGUGAAAAAUUCACCAACCAAUCGAAACUUUAGAUGGCUGACAUGUGCCGAAUGAAAUAGUUUUGGGACUUUUUAACAUUCCAUUCAAAUGGACAAAUAUCUGCCCAAAGAUGAGCAAUUAAUUCUGGCCUUUGAACCAAAUCAAUUAAAAUAGUGUUUGACAAAAAAAGUUAAAGUAAAGUGCAGCAAUGGAUGCGUAAAACCAAAAGUUAAAAGUUAAAGUGUGUUGCAAGUUUUUUGAAAUAAAAUCAAUUAUAAAUGACUAUAGCCAGUACGAACAUGGAUAUGGAGUAUACGGCCAGCACUAGUGGCAACAUAUCAGCUACUACGGAAGCGGAAUUUGGACAGACUAUAGGUGAACCCAAUGUCACGGAUGCCACAGAAAUGGAUACGAAUGAAUCAGCUAACGAGGAUGAGGAGAUGCUGAGGAUAGCUUUCUUUAUAGGGGAUUUCGUACAUCAAUACUACAUUCCCGUACUCUGUUGCACGGGCAGCAUUGGAAAUAUCCUAUCCGUGUUUGUUUUCUUCAAAACCAAGUUAAGGAAGCUAUCCUCAAGCUUUUACCUGGCCGCUCUGGCCGUCAGCGAUACCUGCUUCUUGGCUGGACUCUUUGCCCAAUGGCUGAACUUUCUCAAUGUGGAUAUCUACAAUAGGAACUACUUCUGCCAGUUCUUCACCUUCUUCAGCUAUUUGGCCAGCUUUUGCUCCGUUUGGUUUGUGGUGGCCUUCACCGUGGAGCGUUUUAUAGCAGUCAUUUAUCCACUGAAACGCCAGACCAUGUGCACCGUGCGCCGGGCCAAGAUUGUGCUCUUUUGCCUCACUCUCGUGGGCUGUCUGCACUGUUUGCCCUAUAUACUAAUUGCCAAGCCGGUAUUUAUGCCGAAACUGAAUGCAACCAUCUGCGAUCUCAACUCGGAAUACAAAGAACAACUGGCCCUCUUCAACUACUGGGACUCGAUUGUCGUCUACGCGGUGCCCUUCACCACCAUCGCCGUCCUAAAUACUUGUACAGGUUGCACGGUUUGGAAAUUUGCCACCGUUCGCCGCACGCUGACCAUGCACAAAAUGAAACCCCAAACGAACAGCAUGCCAUCGAACUCGUCUAACUCAUCCGGAGGAACGUCUGCAGUGACCUCGUAUCGCAUUUCGACAUCCCUGAAACGGCAGAAGUCAACGGGAACGCAUCCAAGCGGACAGCAUAAUGUAGCCAUCAGGCAGCCGGAUGAGCAGGAACAACAACAGUCACAACCGCAGCAGCAGCAACAGCAGCAGCAUCAAAUAAACAAUUGCCAACACCAUUGCGAGAUUACACAGAAACCAGCUCGUCGUAAGGUACAAAACUCAUCGCAGAUCAAGGUUACCAAAAUGCUGCUAAUUGUCUCAACGGUUUUUGUCUGCUUGAAUUUGCCCAGCUGCCUGCUACGCAUCGAGGCUUAUUGGGAGACGGAGUCGGCCAGAAACGAGAACUCAACAAUUGCCUUGCAAUAUAUUUUUCACGCUUUCUUCAUCACAAAUUUUGGCAUCAAUUUUGUGCUUUACUGCGUCAGCGGACAGAAUUUCCGCAAGGCCGUAUUGAGCAUUUUCCGGAGGGUUUCAUCCGCUCAACGAGAGGCGGGAAACACCCAAGUCACGGUUUCGGAAUAUUGUCGUAAUACUGGCACAUCCACGCGACGCCGGAUGAUGACGCAACAUUGCUGGAACGAAAUGCAUGAGUUGCAUCCACUCAAGUGAACAGGAAAAAAAGAACUUAGCGGCCCCAAAGGCCAUUGAAAGAUGUGAAUUCGCGAAAUACGCCGCGGGAUAAGCAGGAAUUUCGUUUUUAAUUAGAUUUCAGCAAACAUAAUAUAAGAGGACAAAGGACAAAAAAAGUAAACAUUAGUUCACAGAAUUGAGAAAUAAAAGCGGAAUUCAUUUGCUUGCGAAGGCCGAGCAAAAUGAAAUUCGAAAAAAAAAACUGAAAUCAAAAGAAGGAAUGUAUUGUAUACACAGAAAAAUAUUUAUUUAGGUGUUUAACUAACCAUAUAGUAAUGUAUUAAUUCGAUUUUGAUUUGCUUCCGAAAGUUGUACGCAUAUUCAAACAGCUGUUAAAUAAACCUCAAACCAAUUAAAAUCCGCACGCUAACCUAAUUGAAAAUCGAACCACAGAAUUUGAAAACGUCAAACGUAAAACCCAAUAGAUUAAAUUAAUAAAAAACUUAUUACAGUCUAACCAACCGACACGAAAAUGUAUUCAUGUAAUAAAUGUUAAUUUCGUUAAAUGAAAAGCCGCCCAGAGUGAGUUUUGAUUGGAUUCCCAAUUGCGACCCACAACAACAAGUAUUUAAAACAUUUUCCAAUUGACUUAACCUGAUAAGGUAAUUUGGUUAA